AUGGCCGACGACGAGCAGCACAAUGUCACCUUCGAGAGCCCCGAUGCUGGCGCCUCCGAGACCUUCCCAAUGCAGUGUUCUGCCCUGCGAAAGAACGGUCACGUCGUCAUCAAGGGCCGUCCUUGCAAGAUUGUUGAGAUGACCACCUCGAAGACCGGAAAGCACGGCCACGCCAAAGUCCACUUGGUCGCCAUCGAUAUCUUCACCGGCAAGAAGCUUGAAGAUCUCUCUCCCUCCACCCACAACAUGGAUGUCCCCAACGUCCGCCGUCAGGAAUACCAGCUGCUGGACAUCAGUGACGACGGUUUCCUUAACUUGAUGAAGGAUGAUGGAACUUCCAAGGAUGAUGUCAAGCUUCCCCCUGGUGAGGUCGGUGAGAAGAUCGAGCGACUCUUCAAAACUGAGGAGAAGGACGUCAGCGUUGUUGUGUUGACUGCCAUGGGCGAGGAGGUCGCUAUGGAUGCAAAGGAAGUUACCCACUAA